CACGAUCGCUGAGGCUGACCCAAGACCACGAACAACAUUCGUGAACUUAUUAAUUCUUUUUCCCAGAUAAAAUUUGUGAAAAGUCCUCUCAAUUUAAAUCGUGACCCAAUGUUAUCAUGUUUCCCAGUUUAAGCGCUAUAUCAUCUUUUGCGAAAAGUUUUUUUUCGCAUCCAUUUGCCAAAGAUAUAAUUGCUCGGGGCAAGAAGAAGAAAGCCAGCACUUGCACGAGAAACGGAAAUCCCCAUGUCAUCAAUAAGAGACGAGGGCCCAAAGUCUACGCAAACACAUACGUUCGUGCUGGCUCUGUGCUGUUCCUGCAGAGAAAACUUAGAAUCCAUCCUGGCUUGAAUGUUGCAAUGGGAAAGAACUUAACAAUUUUUGCUUUGAAGCCCGGAAAAGUUGUCUGGUCAACGGAAAAAUUUGAUCCUGAUUAUAAUCGCCAAUACAUAGAACAGUGGUACGGCCACCGUAAGAAUGACACCAUUUUGAAGAAAUAUAUGCACAUUAUUCCAGAACCUCAACACAAUGAUUUCAAACUGGUGCAUUUAAUAUAGUCCAUUGAAGCUGUCUAAUUUCAAGUUUCUCAAAAACAUUUCUUGUUUUCCUAUUCCUCUUUCUUUUGUGUAGUGUACAAUAAAGUUUUUUUUAUCCAAAAAUCUGAAA